GAAAAACUUCACGAUUCGCUUUCAUUUACACGCCCAGAAGAUCUGAACUAAUGAUACUGCUGUAACAACAAUGUCGGACAGCGGUGAAUGUUCACAGGAAUUAGAAAUAACAGGAAAGCAUCUCGUGUUCCUGUGAUCAUGGCAGGUCGGUGUUGGCUGGACGCUUCACUUGAUCGUUCGUCUAAACUCGGACUUGAGGUGUUGCAGAGAGCCAAAAGACGGUCGGAAUCCUUGAAGAAUGUCGGAUCAUCUCACCGAGAUGAUUCCUGCACCGAGAAACACACGGAGGAUCUGGAACAUCCUACUGCCCAUAUGACCUUGGAUAAUGCUUUUGCAAAAAUAAUGGAGUGCAUGUCUGAAACCAGCAAUCAAUGCAAGAGGUUUUACAGGUCUGCAAGUGCAGCAGAGCUUUGUGAACAAGAGCGAACCCAUGUGUGUCGCUUUCAUGCUAAGCAGCUUCUACAGACUUCAAGGCAAAUUCAAACCACUACCAUAACCUCCAAAAGGGCUCAUUACACUGCUUUGUCUGAGCCAGAGGAUUUCUUGAUUGAAGUGUCUCCAGGCACUUAUGCCAUCACAGCAGGAAUGCAGGAUGCUGGCCCACAGACCCGAGUGGUGCACAUCAGUGCAGGGGAGAGUAUGAGACUCACAUUCAACCUCUGACCUCAAGCUACUAUCCUCAGGGUUUGACAAAAUGUUUCCAAAUACAUCAUAAAAAAAGUCUCCUUUCAUUGCACUAAAAUGAAAUUCUUCACAACUGAAUUUAAUUUCAUUAUAUUAAACAUAAUUUGGUGCACUUAAUGUAAUGUAAAAUGUGCCUUAAUGUAAUGUGUACAUGUACUACUCCAGGGUAUUUUUAUAAACAGUACUGAAUUUUAACGGUUAUGAUAAAAUUAUGUGCAAUAGAACUUUUGAUUUAUUUUGUGAAGUUUUGAUGCUGAAAUAAAGAAUUUUUUAAGAUAUCGAAAGUAUUUUGCUGGGAGUUAAUGCAGGAGUUACAUUUCCUCUUUCAGUUCAUAGCUGUUGUUUCAGUUUUAAUAUUUAGUAAUGAACUGUUCAUGUAUUCAAUACGUUCAUUUAAAAAAAAAAAUGGAUUUGUGUUUGCAGUGAGCAAACACGAGUCCAUAAAUUAAUUAUUCAAUUAUAAAUAAAUAAAUCGAUGCCAAUGGGCCGGUCUGUGCAUAGCCAUAAGCAAAUGCCUCAGCUGACAGAAACUUAAGAGGGAAAGGAUGUUUAUUUUUUCAGAGGAUGAAAACUGGCUUAAAAACUGGUGGGUUCUGUUUCCCACUGCAUCUUCUUUUAACACUGCACAACACUUCCAGCAAGUGAGCCAAGACAAAUAAAACAAUUUAAAAAUAGGUUUCCGUGUGGCGUACUUGGUAUUCAUGAUCACAUAAAUACAGUGUUGAUUUUUUUCUAUCUUCCAUUUUCAUGUCACACCAUUGUCUUUACAUUUUAUUUAAUUUAUAUUUUGUGUAAUUCGUCUCUAGAUUUUGACCUUUAAGGUGUUGUUAGACUGCUGAAUAUUUUCUGCUAGCAUAGACGUGAGUCAAAAUAACUUUCACCUCAGGCAUUCUACCUUUUCUUUCACUGUUCAUUUUGUGUUUCCAGCCCUAUCUGAGUUUGACCUUUUAUGUUUUUUGGGUGAGUUUUGUGGGUGUCUCUAAAUGCAAAUGAUCUGUGUCCUGGUCACUAGAUAGCAUUGCUGAGAGUUUAAAUUGAAUACAACAAUGCAUCAUAUUUAAAAAAUUAUAUAAAAUUAGAAAUUUGAUAAUUUUAUUGUUGUUUGAGAUCUUUUAUCAUGUUAUCAUUUAAAGAAUAUUCAAAAACUAUAAUCAAGAGUUACAUCCCUAGUAAAUCUCAUUUGCAGCUUGUGCAAAUGUCAUAUCAAAUGUUUUUUGAGGUUACUGAGCUAUUUAAGGAGCUUUAUGAUCUUGGUUCAGCUGAAAUUUUCUUUACUGCAAAAGCCAAUGGAGAUGGUGCUUCAGAAAGUGGUUUUUGUACAGUCCAGCCAAAUACCUCUCUUACUGUUAUACCUCUUCUUACUGAAUGUGGAACCAUUUCAAAUAAUGAACUGUGAUUUGUGGAUGCAAAACUGGAUGAGGAAUAUCCAGAAUCACUGUUUAUUCCAAAGCAAGAAUGACCUGGAUUUGGAGGCUUAGUUACUUGCCCUAAGAAACAGAAAAACAUAAUUAAUUGUAUUUAAAUAUAUAAUUGCAUACAAACAACAUGGAAACAAUUUUAACAUUGAAAGACAAUGACCUUAGCAGAAAUGAAUUGGAUGUGUGUGUUGUUCUUAUGGACUUAUGGAUCUUUGGAUCUCUGAAACCAGAGAUGGCCUGUGAUCAGGCAGACAGUUACCUGUUUUUUUGUGGUGUGGCUCUGGGGAUCCUCUUCUCCAGCACCUCCAGGCUGGUCUACUCUGUGGCUCAGUAUGGGACUUAUUCAGGUAUGAGAUCUCCGUUCACUGAGCAGCUCACCAGUCCUGG